AUGAUAAAAUCUUCUUCUUUUAUAUCUACAAGCGGAGGUAUUCUUCUACCUCGUUUCCUCCGACGGAAUAGUUCUUAUUAGUCGUUAAUUUCCUUCUUCACUACCUAAACAAUUGAUUCUUCUUUCUUUUUCUUUUUCACUUUGUUAUUAUCCUCAUCUUCUCACUGUUAAGGUAGAGGAGAAUCUGGAGAAAGUGAAUUCUCGGUUUAGAUGAUCGAUUUUCUUAUUGGUUUAGACCGGUAUGUCGGGGUGCCAAUUCCCGCACCAACAGACGGCAACUGCAGCAACAACAAUGAAGGAGGAGUACCCGAUCACGAAGAGAACAAAAUCGUACUCCAAGAUGAUAGUGUGAGACACUUCAAGAUGAAAAGAACCAUGAGGUUUAAAAAACUCAUGAAAAGCUACUGUGAGCUUCAAAAUCUUGAUUUCUACAACAUCGUCUUCUUCUGCUAUGCUCGUCGUCUCAAUCCUGAACAAACACCUGAUGAGCUUGAUAUGGAAGAUGGAGAUGAAAUCGAAGCAUUUAUUGGUUGGCCGAUGUAGCGAGGACUUGAUUCGUAACAUUAUUGUUACCAUCAUAUGUGAAUGUGUUUUAUUUCUAUUACUAGUUUUGUAUGGAUCGUUGGUGGUUGAACUCAUAAUUGAUCAUGUGUUUUUUGUGUCAGUUGAUCAUUGACAUAGUGGUAUCUGUGGAGUUUGGGAAGAGAAUUUAGACGAAGAUUAUUGUCUUUCCAAGAGAUCUUUUUGAUGAUCAUAAGGUUGUUAUGUAGUAUGUUAUGCAUGAUCUA